AUGUCAGCAUUCAAUAGCAAAAUAUCGAUUUCUGCAUCUAUAGUGAUUUUGAUUGCAAUAACAUGUGUCGUGUCAGUCAAUCUGAUCCAGCAGAAGAAUGACCUGAUUGAAUCUCCUUUAAUUACGUUUAACAGUGCGCAUCAUCUUGGCAACCAGAUUAUUGAAAAAAGAAAGGAAAUCUCAACCUCUUUGAAAGCAGAAGAAGACACAGAAUCAAAGAAUAAGGAUAAGGGAGUCUCCACUGAUGAAAAGAACGUCGAGAAACCCACAUCUGUCAAAAGUAAGCAUCACUCUUCUACAAAAUCAAGUGUAACGACACCCGUUUCUUCCGUUAAUGAGAAAAAGCAUGAUCCGACCACCACUAAAAGUAGCAAAACGCAAUCUAUAACAAGCAAAGAAAAGGCGCAUCGUAGCACCAUCACUACCAAAUCAGCCCAUUCAUCCACAUCUAGUUCAGCAGAUAGAUCGACCAAGGCUACCACGUCUCGUCAUCCUACAGAAACUACCACUAUCACACAAUCGCAUGUAACAACAUCAUAUCUAAAAGCAACACAUUCAACCAAAUCAGUUGAGCAUACCACUGCAAAAGAGACAUCAACCAAGACUCAAAAGAGCAGUAGUAGAUCAUCCACGUCGAUCACCGCACAGCACGGAACAACAACAGAAAGAUCAAAAUCCACAAUAGCAACUGCGACGAGCAAAAGCAAGCAAUCUACUAGUUUUAGUUCUUCUGGUACCUCACACAAAAAUUUGGGCACCAAUUCAGGGCAGAAUGAUCACACUUCCUUGGCUUCCGAUAAAGAGACCCGUACUGUCAUGACAUCUCAUAGUAGCACAAAGUCUAUUGCAACUAAAACGAGCAGUGCAUCUAGAACCUCGUCUACUAAAACUGCAGCAUCGACUGAUUCUACAACAUCUGGAUACACAAAACCGCUCACCAUAACCUCCUCAUCUGAUGAGACUUCAAGUAAAAGUAAAAGCUCGCGCAUGAGUAGUAGCGCAACGGAACAAUCCAUAACCGCAACGGAAUCAAGUUCAAGCACCAAAAGCGCUGAUGCUACAAUAGAAACAAUCUAUAGCAAAUCGAAGAGCACCCAUACCAUUACGUCUCCAUCAGCUGUUUCUACAAAGCAUACGAAAUCAAGCACCAUUUCGAAAGCACUACCAGUUUCCACAAGCCAUACUCCGUUAUCCAGCAUUAUUUCUACAAUCAAAACCAUUGUUGAUGGCAGGACAUUAACAAAACCAGCAGCAAGCAGUAGCAGGUCUACAGUAAGCUUUGACAGUAAAACUACCCCACAGGCUCAAAGCAAAAGCGUGACAACAACAAGAUCAACGAGCAGUAGCAGGUAUACUCUCUCUACCAAAACUAAAACCACCUUCAAAAGCAGGGAAACAGAAACAUUCACAGUAAAAUCAGACAGUAUUGCAGAUUCCUUCACAUCUGGCAUACAGACCAAAACCACAGCCAAGCACUCUGGCACGACAUCAGAGAGUAAGCCACAUGUCACAACAGGUUCCAGUACUAUUGCAACUCCAACAACUGUUAGUAGUUCCAGUACACAGAAUAUAAAGUCAAUCACCAAGACAGAGCAAUCCACCAGCAGCAAGACACUUAGUGGAUUGACGUCUGCAGCUACUUCUGGUCAUUCCUCACCCACACAAAAUGAAUCUACCCUAAGCACUGGUAAAUUUACUGGACUUCCCACCGCUACAGGCAUACGCUCCUCUAACAAAUCGUCAAGUGCGAGCAGCCACACUCCUACUACACAUGAAUCAAUCACUGUAACAAAUACUCUGAGUAAGAGUAUUACUCGCACUAGCCCGAAGGAGUCGUCUACUCAGCCUACUAACACCUCAUCUACUGCAACCGCAACCGGUAGCAACAGCAUUACAGUGACAACUGAUUUUCAAAGCUCGGCCUUAUCUUUAGGCUCUACAACAUCAAAAAAAGACAGCAAAAGCACCAAUACUAUUUCUAAAGCAUUGGACACAUCAUCGAGCUCAGCAUCUCAGUCUACUACAUCAACGACGCGCCAUUCGACUAGAACAGAUAAUUCCAGCAUCCUUUCGUCAUUUAUCUCUACUGCAACCGAUGGUGCUUCGUCGUCUACCUCGUUGGAACCAAAAUCCACGGGUAGCGUAUCUUCCUCGUCAGCGAAAUCAAAAGUGCCAUCCAUCAGAUCUACUUUUAGUUCAAGUAGAUUAACUUCAGCAGCCAAACCGACCGAAUCAAGCACUGCAUCUACCACCAGUCCAAGUCCAUCGAGUGGUAAAUCAAACCAUUCUCAUCAUUCCAGCGCGAUUACGGACAGCACUGAAACGCAUGUAGAAUCGACAAGGACGCAUAGUUCAACUUCAACAUAUGCAGCAUCAGCAACUGAAACGAAACCCAGAGAAAAUACUUCCACAAUUCUUACUACUGAGCAUCCAACAGUUGUAACAGGCCACUCAACUAUAACUUCAAAAAUUAGCGAAACGCCUUCACUGUCAAUUAGCAGCGAAAAUACCAGCAGAAGCACAGAUACUAGCAGUUCAACAGCAUCCAGCACAUAUUUAACCGAGCCAACACCGUCUGGAAGCGAUUCUUCAACUGAAUCCUCAUUUUCGAUUUCUAAUACUGCUUCCACUGAAUCGUCUACCGUUGAGACAAAAACAAACACUGCAACUACUGUUACCUCCACAAGUACCAAAGCGUCUCCAUCAUCUACCAUCUCGCCUCUAACGUCUACUACAUCUUCAUCUACCACCACUACCACUACCACUACCACUACCACUACCACUACCACUACCACUACCAGUACAACUUCAACUACUACAAGCUCGUCUACCACAGAUGAGUCCACCCCGACUGCGACGCAUGAGACUUUGACUAUUACAAAAACUGAGACAGCCGCUGCAACAGAUAUACUUAAAUCGACCUAUAAAUACGAAACCCUAUCUUGGCUUUCAGAACCUUUUGUAUAUUAUACCUCUACCCCUACUACAACAACUACAACCAUAACGUCCACCACUGCCACCGAGGACCAAAGCGCUACAGAAACCCCUACAGGAACCAAUUCAUCACACAAUGAUGAUGGCACAACAAAAGUAACGACAUCAAAAUCAACCAAAACCAAAGCACCAGCUACUACCUCAAGUUCUUCUACAUCUACCACCUCAACGGAUGAUGCAUCGAGCAGUUCUGAAAAAGACUUGCCGCAGUAUAUUACACCCAACCUCAAUGCUAUUAUUCCAGAUACAAGCCAAAUUACGUAUUUGAAAUUCAACAGCAUUUCCUAUGCUACAUUGGUGUCAGAUGCUUUAAUGACAGCCCAAUUAGUUCAAGAGUUACCCGUGUUGCUCGGCAGCGCAUUGGAUACGAGCGCUGAUAAUGUGAUUGUAGUAUCCAUUGCACAGUCAACUACAACCAGUCCAAGGAAACGGUCAGAUGUUAGUAGCAACAGUGGUAUCAUGGUAUCAAUUGCCAUUCCCAAGACUGAAGUGAUCGAAUUGCAAGCACUCGUAUCAAACACCAGUAGCCCAUUGUAUGAUAGCAAUAACGGCCAGCUUCCAAGUUUUAUUGAUCGCAGUUACCCAAUCACUGGUACAACAGCUAUCAAUACAGGAAAUGGACAUGGAACCGCAACAAUUUCAGAUCCCAAUAACAGCGAUGCUGAUGAAAAUGCAAACCAAUCAAAUAAUGAAGACAAUGGAAGUGGUAAUGGAGGACGCUUGCCAAAAGGUGGCAUUAUUGGCAUCUGCCUAGGCGUUGGUGUAUGUGUCUAUGCGGCAGCCACUGUUGUUGGCAUUCGAAUUUACCGUAAACGCAAGCAAAAGCAAGAAGAGCAGGCUUUAAAACAACAUGCCGUAUUCGCAGAGAGUAUUUCAGCGCCUAUCAUGCAAGGAAACUCAUUGGGCUUUGUGCCUGCACCAUACCAACAUAAUAGAAUACCUGCCAACAGUUUAAAUUACUAG